AUGCUCUGCAUGUCUCCAGGGUUUGAUCUGGGCUGUGCACUUCAAGGAAAGCCCUUUGCCCAGCUCCGACCUGAAGAGAGCCGCCGGCCGGGGCCGCCGCGCAGGGCCGUGACCGGGAAUGGGGGCACGUGCGGAGGGCGGCGCCCAUUGGAGGGCUCCGCCGCCAAUCAGCGCUCGGAGUUUGCCAACCCGCGUGAAAGGCAAGCCCGGCCGGCGCCCAACGGGGGCGGAGCGAAGCGGCUUGAAGGACGAGCACGGCGACCAGCAGAAGAUGAAAAACGGCCCUUGCGUGGCGGCGGCCAAUCGCUGAGGGGGCCGUGGUGCCGUCUUUUCCGCAGCCAUCCGGUGGUCUGCGGCCCAAAUAACGCCGCAGGUGGGGCGGGCGGCGGGCGGAGUGCGGCUGGGCCGCGGGUCACCUCCGGGCCGGGAAGAUGGCCCCAGAGGCUGGCGCUGCGGCGGCUGCUGUCCCUCACCCCGCGGGGUCCCCCGGCACCCCCCGGCAGGGCCUUUGGCACCUCGGCGGGCCGCAGGAGCACCUUCAAUGUGCAGGACGGCAGCGACUUCCAGGACCGGGUGGUGAACAGCCCCAAACCCGUGGUGGUGGAUUUCCAUGCACAGUGGUGUGGUCCCUGCAAGAUCCUAGGCCCCAGAUUAGAGAAGAUGGUGGCCAAGCAGGAGGGGAAGGUGGUGAUGGCCAAGGUGGACAUUGAUGAUCACACAGACCUUGCUAUCGAGUACGAGGUGUCAGCAGUGCCAACUGUGCUGGCUAUGAAGAAUGGAGACGUUGUGGAUAAGUUCGUGGGCAUAAAGGACGAGGAUCAGCUGGAGGCAUUCCUCAAGAAACUCAUUGGAGCCUGAAGUAAAAGGGUGGCUUGUACCUCUCCUCUGGACAUGUCCAUGUUGUGCAUUCCUUGCCUGGGAGAGCUGAGGGCAGGUCAACUCCCUGCCCUUUACAACCUGGGGGUUCCUUCUGGUUUGGUGAUUUUAGGAGAUGGACAGUGUUGUAACCCUUCCCUCCCUCUCCCCCUUCUCGUGAGCAGCAGUAGUUGUAAAGGGCGCUGAGGAGCAGGGCUGCUUAUUCUCAAAAUGGGGAAUGUGGCUGGAAUUAGGAGCCUGUGUUUAUCAGCCAAGAGCUGACGGUGCAGAGCUGCUGCUGCUGAGUUAAGAGGAGGAAUGUUUUCCUCUUUGCCUCACAUCUGAUAGCCCAGAGCAGAGGGCAGCUGCUCCCUACAAGAUGAUGGUACAUACCUGCCCUGGGUGGGUUCAUUUAAAGCUGAGAAUGCCUCUGCCUUGCCUGUGAAACUUGUCUCUUUGUUUCUCUGCCCUUAUGUUGCGGGGACAGGUACAACUCCUCCACAAAUCCAUGGGCUCCCAUCAUAAUUUUAUAAGAGAAAAUAUAAAGAAGUAUUUUAUGGAUCUCCUUUUGUAUGCCUGCAAUAGAGAACUUUAUCAGUCACUGCUGUCUGGCUGGAGAAUAAAACUUGAGUCUCAGAAAUCA